AUGGCUACACUGUCGAAUUUCAACCAAAACAUAAUCCUGCUCUCCCUAUUGGGCUUGUUCGUUUAUUUAGUCGGUUUAGUUGUAUAUCGUCUCUUCUUCAGCCCCAUUGCAAAUAUACCGGGUCCCAAGCUUGCUGCAAUUACCUUUUGGGUUGAGGCGUAUUGGGAGGUGGUAAAGGGCGGAAGAUUUAUUUUCAAGAUUCAAGAAUGGCAUGACAAAUAUGGCCCAAUCAUUCGUAUUACACCAACGGAAGUACAUAUUCGCGAUGCGGAGUUCUACAAUGAACUUUUCAACCUUAAGGCGAAGUACCACAAAUUACCGCAAUUACAACAUCGCCUUGCACACCCAAAAGCCUUAGUCGACAUAGUCGAGCACGAUCAUCAUCGCCGUCGCCGAGCAGCUAUUGCUCCUUUCUUUACUAGGCAGAAAAUCUUAGAGUUCAGCCCUUAUACCUACUCUCGGAUCAAGAAAAUGUGCAAUAUCCUCGAGACACAGUAUAAGGGGACUGAAAGGAUAGUAUGUCUGAACGAGGCUUGGGGUGCCUAUGUGGCUGACGUGCUCACUUGGUACAUUUGUGGUCUAUCGUACGAUUUCUUGGAUUUUCCAGAUUUCAAGUCGCCUUUUACAACGGCUAUCCAAAAUUUUCUAUACUCAUUUCCGUUUGCAACAUGUUUUCCCAACAUAGCAAAGUGGCUUCAGAGCUUACCGGAAUGGUUUACCAUUUGGUUAAACCCCAAGAUGAAAGCGGUUUUUGAAUUCCGCCAUGAAGUGAGAGGCCAGAUCCGACGAAUUGUAGCUGGCGAGAAUGAUGCAGACAAGCAUGUCCAACAUCGCACUGUCUUCCACGAGCUGCUCAAAUCCAACUUGAACAGGAGCGAAAUGAACGAGGAUGUGAUGCAGCAAGAAGGGCAGAGCUUUGUGGGUGCAGGCAUCGACACAACAAAGACGGCACUCGCCGUUGGAAGCUUUUGGAUUCUGCAAACGCCGGGCAUUAAAGCGCGCUUGAGAGAAGAGCUUGAGAAAGCUAUACCUAACCCCGAUGAGCUGCUGCCUCUCACAGAACUUGAAAAGUUACCGUACCUAAACGCGGUUGUGCAAGAAUCUCUACGUAUUUCCUAUGGCUUGAGUACUCGAAUUCAACGUACAAAUCCAACAGGUGUCAUUCAUUAUGGCAAAUACGUGCUACCUCCUGGCACAGAAUUCAGCAUGAACAAUUACCUACAGGUCACAGAUCCAAAACUGUUUACCAAUGCGGAUCAGUUCAUCCCAGAGCGCUGGCUAGAUAACCCCAUGGCAUCCACUGGGCAUCCACUAAGCAAGUAUCUGACCGUCUUCGGCAAGGGCCCUCGUAUGUGCAUAGGCAUGAACUUUUCUCUGGCAGAGUUGUAUAUAGGUCUGGCAGGAUUGUUCAGGUUGGUGGAUUUGGAGCUGUAUGAGACAGAUAGGAGCGAUGUGGACAUGGCGGGCAGUUUCUUCGUGCCUCUUCCCAAGAGAAGCAGCAAAGGAGUUCGCGUGAUUGUGAAAUGA